AAGAGGCUGUGUUUUCAGUGUAUGGCUGAGCUCUGAUACCUGAUUGGCUGUGCUGUGCUGACAGAGUGUAGAGUAUAGAACACUGGAUGUUUGUGUACGGCAUUACUGCUUGGACCUACACGGGGAUUGGACGCAUUUCUUGGGCAUUCUCAUUUAGAAGUUGCCAAUAAAAUGGAGAAGCUGAGAGUCCUGGCUCUCCUACAGUUGCUGGCGAUACCCGCAGUCUUUACUCAGAUACAGCCGUUGCAUGAUCACUGGGGGGAGUUUGGCCCCUUUGGCUCCUGCAGCCGCUCUUGUGGCACAGGCGUGGCAAUGAGAACCAGGACGUGUAUUACAUUAAGGACAGAUGGAGGUCAUAACUGCGUGGGAUCAUCCAAGUCCUUUCAGAUCUGUAAUACAAAUGAAUGUCCAGUGGGUUCCAGGGACUUCAGGGAGGAGCAGUGCUCCCAAUUUGACCGAAUGGAAUUUCAAGGCAGACAUCACACUUGGGUGCCAUAUUAUGGAGCCAACCCGUGUGAACUGACCUGUGUCACUCGAGAAGAGAAUAUUUUUUACCGUCACUGGCCCAAAGUACAGGACGGGACACUGUGCCAUGUGGGACGCAGUGACAUCUGUGUGGACGGCAUCUGCAGAGAAGUAAGCCAAGGAGUGAUUUUGGGCAUGGAAGAUGACACAUAUCCCGAUCCCCCGUCGGAGACCCAAAUAUAUGUGUACAAAACUGGCGCCUACGGUGACUGCUCUGCCACCUGCGAUGGAGGAAUGCAGUAUCGCAGCGUUGAAUGCUGGGUUCAGGACCCGGUGAACCCCCAUAUGGUGGAUGAAACGCACUGCAUUACGCAGCGCUUGCUGAGACCCCAGUGCCAGCAGGUGUGCAACAUGCACCCGUGUGAUGCGAAGUACACCGUCUCCAGCUUUGGUGAGUGCUCAGUGACUUGUGGGGAGGGCCAGCAGACAAGAGAAGUGAUCUGUGACGGUCUCGGAGGGCAACAAUUGGCGGACGAGGCCUGCGUAGGCCUGGUAAGACCUCCCUCGGUCCAAACGUGCAGGAGAAGAGUCUGCCACACACACAUCAGCUGGCAUGUGGCAACCUUUGGACUGUGCACUCGCAGCUGUGGCGGCGGUGUGAGAGAGAGGCAGGUGGGCUGCUUCGACUCCGAUCUAAAACCCCACCCAGUGGUCAGGUGCGGAAUCACAAGCAAACCAGUAACUGUGGAGCCAUGCAACACACAGCCCUGCCAUGAGGCUCAAAGAGUCCCGAGUCUGCAGGAUCCAGGGGUGCAUGAAAGCACCAUGACAGGAUUUGUACCACAUGUUCCUGCAGUUGCUUCCACACCAAACACUGACAGUGAUGCAGUCGUCCCUCCUGACUGUCAACGGUCUACUUAUGGCUGCUGCCCUGAUGGCCAUACAUUUGCCACUGGACCCACAAAUGAGGGCUGUUCCCAAGCUGACUGUGUUCACACUAGGUAUGGAUGUUGUUUGGAUGGAGUGACUGCUGCUCAAGGAUUUGGAAGAGCUGGGUGCCCCGAGUACCAGACUGUGCACUCUGCAGAUCCAACCCCUCCACCUGUACAGACUUCAUGCUCCCUACCACGUGACGAGGGCCCCUGUGAUACCUGGAAGAAACGUUUCUAUUACAACACAAGCAGCCGCAAAUGUACAGAGUUUUGGUUUGGAGGCUGCCAAGGCAACUCUAAUAACUUUUUUUCUCUGGCGGCGUGUCAAAGAAAGUGUGAGGACAGGGAGCCUCCUUCUGGCCCUUUCAGACGUACCGCUACAUCCUAAAAUGUCUUUCUUUCUUAAGCAUACAGUGAAUUCCUGUUUCAUGCUGUUGGUUGUGAUGUUAACCAUUGCAAGUUUUGCAUGCUGGCGACUGUAAUUUGUGUACUGUGGUCCAUGGGAUUCAAUAAAUUACCAAUUUUAAAUAACUCAUCAAUAUAUUC